UCGAUUGACGGAAAACAGAUGAUUGUCAAAAUAAAAUUUAAUUUGAUUCUCGGUUUUAUUAUAUUGUUUCCAUUAUUGAAUUACUUUUUAUGCUAUUGUUACUGUGCACUUUUUUCAAGUAAUUUAUCUUAUCAGUAUUUAUUCUGAGUGCUGCCGUUAUUUGGAUUGUACAAAGUUUCCACUUACAUAUCUCGAGUGGUUUUCAUAUGUUAUAUGUUCAAAUUAUUUUAUUUGUACUGUUGCAAAUAAAUCCACUAGUGACCAUGGCUAUGUCCUGCGAAUGCCCCCUCACCCAAAAACGUUGCUUGAAUAUGGGGCCUCAUACAUAUAAAGUACCUUUGAGUUUGUUUCAAGAAAAUAGAGAAAGACUAGUGAAUGCUCUUAAAGAAAAAUGUGAAUCAUCUGUGGUGCUUUUGCAAGGAGGGGAUGAAGUGCCCUUCUAUGAUACAGAUAUAACUUAUAAUGAAUUUAGGCAGGAAUCUUACUUUAUGUGGAGCUUUGGUGUGACAGAUGCCGGUUGCUAUGGUGCUAUAGAUGUAAAAACAGGAGAAUCUUAUGUAUUUUUUCCAAGAUAUCCAGAGGAAUAUGCAGUAUGGAUGGGGCCAUUACAUGAAUUAGAACAUCUCAAGAAAAAGUAUGCUGUUGAUCAUACCUUUUAUGUUGACCAGCUCAAUGAGGUUCUACAAAACCUGAAAAGGGACAAGCUGCUUACUCUGAAAGGAAAAAACACUGAUAGUGGAUUAGUUGCCAAGGAAGCACAUUUCAAAGGCAUUGAAAAAUUCAAUGUGGACAAUGAAAUACUUUUUCCUGUGAUUGCAAACUUGAGAGUAUAUAAGACACCAAAUGAGAUCAGCGUCAUAAAGUACGUUGUGGAGGUAUCAUCAGCCGCGCACCGUCACGUGAUGAAAGUAGCAAAACCUGGUUGGUUCGAGUAUCAAUGCGAAGCAGAAUUUUUGGCUCAUUCCUACAAGAAUGGCGGUUGCAGACAUGUAUCUUACACCUGUAUCUGUGGAUCAGGUCAAAACGGAGCUAUUUUGCACUAUGGACAUGGCGGUAGGCCCAAUGACAAGCAGAUCAAAGAUGGCGAUCUGUGUUUGUUUGAUAUGGGUGGAAAUUAUUUCGGAUAUGCAGCUGAUAUAACUGUAACUUUCCCGAUAAAUGGGAAAUUCACACCUGAUCAAAAAUUUAUAUAUGAGGCAGUUUUAGCUGCAAACCUUGCUGUACAAAAAACUGCCAAACCAGGAGUUUCUUGGACUGACAUGCACUUACUGGCAUACAGAACAUUGUUGGAAAAGUUGAAAGAUGGUGGACUGUUGCGUGGUUCUAUCGACGAUAUGAUGGACGCUGAUUUGGGCGCAGUGUUUCAACCGCAUGGUUUGGGUCACUUGAUGGGCCUGGAUGUUCACGACGUUGGUGGAUAUUUGGAGGGAUUCCCAGAAAGAUCCAGCAGACCUGGUCUAAAAUCAUUGCGUACUGCCAGGUUGCUGGACGAGAAUAUGGUCUUGACCAUAGAGCCUGGAUGCUACUUUAUUGAUCCGUUACUAGACAAGGCGUUGAAUGAUCCCAAGCAAUCUCAGUUCUUGGUACCAGAUGCUAUAAAGCGCUUCCGUGGUUUUGGAGGGGUACGAAUUGAAGAUGAUGUAUUGAUCACUAAGGAGGGAGUCGUAAACUUAACCAAAGUACCACGAACGUAAGUAUCAACUGUAUCGGCUGGGCGCCAACUUGUAGCUUUUUUUAAUGGAAUGAGGGGUCUAAUGAUACCAUAUUUUGAAGCCGUUUAUCAGUACACUUUAGAAUCCUAGAAUACAAAAUCACUGUCUUUUAAAAUGGCGGACUGGUAGGCUGUCAAAGCUAAGCGUUUUUGUUUUUUUUUCCACCGAAUCAGCCGUGCAGGCAGAGGCCUAAAUGCCAGAGCACCGCGGCUGCUACGAGGAGCUUAAAGAAACUAUAUUGAAUCGCUUAUAACUCAACAACUAAUUAUACAGGGUGUCCAAUAAGUAUCAAAAUUUAAAAACGGUGACACUUUUA